AUGAAUAAAUUAAACUAAGAUAAAAACUACCAAACAUAACAAUUUGAAGAAAUUACAUCAUUAAUCUAUAAAAUAACAGAUAGAUAGUCUAAAUUUGCAGACCUUCACAAUUAAGUUGAGGAAAGCAUCUCGAAAAUAAUAAAUAUGAGUUAGAAAUAAUAUGAAAAAGUGAUGAAAAAAAAAAAUAGAGAACUUAGACAAAUUGUGUAAGAUCAUGAUGAAAGAAUUAGAAAAAUUAGAGAAGAAUAUAUAAUUUCUUAAAAUAAAUAAAAUUUUGAGAUAAGUUUAAGGAAAUCAGAUUAUUUACAAAUUAUGGAAUCUCUUUAUUAUGAAUAUUCAUAGUUUAUAGCAUUUUUUGAUCAUGAUCAAUAGGCUGAAAAUAAUAAUCAUAUAAUGGCUAUCUAUGAAGUAUUAACAGAUAGUUAAGUAUUUCAUGAAGAUUAGAGAUUGAAUGAGACACUUUUGACUGAAUAUUUAAAUCAUCAAAAAAUGAGUAAGAUUUAAUCCUUACAUAAUUCUCUUAAAUCAGUAAUUUCCUAAUUAUAAAAAAUAGAGGAAAACUUAAAAUUUUCAAAAAACAACAAUAAAAAAGAAUAAUCUCUGCAUUCUCUUAAUGAAAGGUUGAAAGCAUUCAUUUAAAACCUGAAAUAUGGUUUAACUUAAUUGGAUAGAGUUUUAUAGGAGAUAUUAGAGAGUGAUGAAACUUAAAAAGAAUAAGAUAUUAGAAUACAAUCUAAUAUAAAUUUAAUCCAUUCGAUUUUGAAGAAUCACUAAGAUAAAAAAUUAGCAGAACAUGAAGAUAUUAAAAAAACAAAUGAAAAUCUCGUAAAAAUAAUCAAUAGGCUAUCAGAUAUAAAUUAUAAACUAAAAAUAUAAUAAAAGCAGAAUUAUGAAGAUGUUUAAUAAUUAAUGGAAUUAUACUAUAUUUAAAAUGAUAAAGCACCCUCUCUCUAGCCAUUAGCUAGAAAGAGUACAAUAAAAUUAACUAAACCAAUAUGUUAUUAGAGAUCAAGAAUUUAUUCUGAAACAAAAAAGGAAGUUCAUUUUGAUGUAUUAUCUCAAACUUCCUUUAAAGAUACAAGUCUUGAAUCACAAAUUCUUUAUCAGUCUCCUAUAUAAAUUUAAUCUUCAUUAGUCACUUAACCUACUAUGUCAGAUGUAUCUCUCUUUACUUCUGGAUAAAGUCUCAACAAAAUGAAAACUUCAAAAUAAUCAUGGACUUCAAAGCAUUCUACUAAUGUAGAUAAAAAAACUGCUAUUCCAAUAAAAUGUUAAUGUCCUCCUUAAUGUUCCUGCCAAGCUUUAUUAAUUAUUUAGGUUCAUAGUUGCAAUAAACAAUUAUAUAUCAAUUCAAUCGGCUAACUUUUAUGUUAAUAGUGCACUUUUACUUAAAAUAUUUAAGACUAUAAUUUCUAUUGUCCUCACACAAGAACAAAAAACAAAUUUAAGAAUAGUAAAGAUUUUUUAGAGGCAUUUUGGUAACAUAUUAAAACAUUGACAAUCAAUUAAUAAAUAGUUGACUUCUGGAAUCAUUUAUAAUUAAGCUGUCAAUAAAUGUUUUAAACAAAUCUAUUUUUUACUAAUGAAACCCAAAAUCUUUAAAACUUUGUUGGAUUCUGUCCUGCAUAAUGCAAAUGUAUUAAAAGAUAGAGUAGAUAAUAAUACCAUCUAUGUUAAAACUAACUCUAUAUCACUUCUGAUGGACUUAUUCAUUGUAAAAAAUGUAAUUUUUAUGGUGAUUCCAAAUAACACUUUUUCUAUUGUCCAGAUACAAAAAUAUUUAAUAUUUAUAGAAGUGGGGAUGAAUUUAUUUAAUCUUUAGAUUUUAUGUUUGAUUCUGGAUAGUAAUAAUAAUUCAACACUUAGUUUCUUACAUAAUUACGAUUAAAGAUUUCUACUGUUCUAUGGGAAUGA